AUGUUCGGCAUGUUCUCGUUGCUGGACGCCAUCCGGAAACCUCGAUUGUCGCUCCAACUCGCUCAGAUAUUUGCACAAACUGUCCUAGAGCCUGUAAACCUGAAUACUGGCGGCAUUUAUGAUUCUUCUGUAACACCUACUGAUCUUCCCUGGAAUACCUACAACUAUUGCAACGCGCCUCAUGUCAAUUCCAAGCAUUAUUCUACACCCACGGAAGCGGAGGACGCGUCUCUAGUGUAUCUGAACGUGGUCAUGCGACAUCACAAGAGAACGCCCGAUAAUCUCUACCCGAACGAAAACGAACUCAACUCUGUCCCAUGGAACUGCUGGAACAUGCGUCAAUACAGCUACGGCGGGGGAACACCGCGCGUAUAUCACGAGACAGAAAGCCCGCCCUGGCAUCCGUUUCUUAGGCAGAUAUGGAAUGGGACGUGCGACCAGGGUCAGCUCACACAGGAAGGGCUGGAAGACGCGAUUCGACACGGGCGAGACAUCUGGUCUGUGUACGCGGACAGGCUACACUUUUUAGAUAGCGUCAACGAGGACGACAUCCUCUUCCGGACGUCUACAGAGACACGGACGUUCCAGGUGGUAGGUGGACUCUUGACGGGGAUGGAUGCCACCAUGGCCGGAAAAUCUUUCCCCGUCACCACCCAGCCGUCGCCUAUAGAUUCGAUACCCCCUAAAUACCCCUGCCCCCGAGCCAACAGCAUCCGCGGUGCGUUCCAAUCUGUACCCGCAUGGACAGAUCACUUCGCGCAGAACGCGGACCUGAAGACGCGUUUAGACGCUGUGCUGGGUACAGCUGGGCUUUCAAGUUGGUCCUCAUGGUAUGACCAUUACUUUGAUACCUUCACGUCACGGACGUGCCACGGCCACCCACUCCCUUGUAAUGCCAAGGGCGAGUGCGUGUCCGCAGAGGAUGCCGCACGCGUCUUCGCUCUUGGGGAUUUCGAGUACAACUACAUAUGGAACACCGCAGAAAACGCGACAACGUAUGGGCAAUUGACUUUUGGCGUGUUCAUGCUGGAGCUCGCCCAGAACUUCGCGCGGUUCCGCGCGGGUGAGGAAUCCCACAAGCUAAUAUUCUACGUCGGGCACGACGGCACGAUGAUCCGCUUCGCGUCGUUACUUGGGCUCGGCAAGAUUGGCCCCCUGCGCUGGCCCGCGCUUGGCUCCGAGAUCGUUAUGGAGGUGUGGCGGACGGUGCUGGGGAACCUCUUCGUGCGCAUCAUGCAUGAAGGGACGCCGGUGUCUGGAAUGGAGUGGAUUCCACUUGAUAGUUUUAUCGAUGCAUUAGAAUUGCAGGUUACGGACAAUUUGUUUGAGCUCUGCAUGGACGUAUAA